GGGGCUGCUGUUCAUCAGUAGGAACCGGUCAGCUUGUUGAAGAAGAAAUGGAUGAAGAAAUAACAGGGAACGAGUACAACAGGACCUCGCUUAGUCUGCAAAAAAAUAAAGCAGGCGUUUAUUUGUAGCAUUAUUUAUUUUCAAUUUUAGACAAGCCUGAUUAUCAAAUUUAUGUUAUAGGAUUCGUUGACCCUUGCGUUAGGGUGACUACAUCUGCCUCACAGCUUCUUAUUUAUUAGCUUCCCUGGUGACGUCAUGUGCUCAGUAGGAACGCAUUGACUGGAGAGCUCAGAUCUUUACUGUUCCAUUAUAACUGGUAUUUAAUGAAAACAAAAAUGUAAGUUGAGGUGUACAAUUCCCGGCUUUACCCCCGGUCACGUGAUCAAACCUUGCCUCUCGCAGGUGAGUGGCGUGCCCGUCACUAUAGCAACCGAGCUUACAAUGGCGGAGAAGAAGUUCAGCGGUGCUCCAUUCGGCUCGCAAAGUGCCAGAUUUGAUGUGUCGGCAGCUCACCCAGACAGUAAGAAGACUGGUUCGUACACAGAAGUGCCCUACUGUAGAAAGGCCACCUCAGAGCUAGAGAGAAGGUUGGGACCAGGAACUUACAAUGCUGCUCUUAGUGAUUUCAGCCCUUCUGUCCUGGAGAAAAAUGCAUCAGCUCCUGCCUGGAAAAGAGCGCAAGAAACGGAGAAAUUGACUGCAAUGCCACACCUUCUUUACAAAGAAACAUAUGAAAGAAACCGGUUAUUGAAGCAGAACCUGGGUCCUGGGCGAUACAACAUAAAAUCAUUCUUGGAUCUCCUAGAGGAAAAGCCUUCUUGCACAAGUGGGGUGUGCGGCACUAGGGAAGUUCGGUUCAAAAAGGAUGAGCAGUUUUGUACCCCAGGACCUGGAAGUUAUGGGAAAGGGGGAAAUCCAUAUUCAAUACUAGAGGAAAGAGCCUCUAAAUCUGCCAGUUCCAAAGGCAUUAUGGAUACUGCUCCUGGGGAAGGACGCUCAUUGCCUAUUACAGGCUGUGGACUGGGACCUGGAACCUAUAAUUUAAAAAGUUCCAUAAACGAAACCUUGGCUCAUGUAGUUGGUAAUAGAGGACCAUAUGACCUUUUCUCUGCAUCACGAGAUCAACCUAUUCUGUAUGGACAUUUUGCAGAACCUAAAAACAGAGGACCAGAGCCUGGAGCUUAUAAAUUCAAGUCAUUUACUGAAGACUUGGGAAGUCAUCAAAGAAAAAAACAUGGGGUGUUUGGAAAGCUCACUCAGUAUCCAGAAGUCCCCACCGAACGAAUAUUAAUCAACAGGCCUAAAACAAUUGGUAAUCCUGGGCCUGGAUUCUAUGACCCCAAACCAUUUUAUGAACCAAAGAGGCAUUCAGCUGUUCCCUUCCUAUCAAGUGCGAAACGGUUUGAAAAGAAAUCUUGCAGACUCCUCUUUGGAAGUAAUAAUCCUGUUGGGGUAGGUCGCUAUGAUGUUGCUAAGCAUAUACGUGGGAAGACAGCGACUCCUUUACGGUCUUCAUUUCUUUCUAAAACAGAACGUUAUCUGUCUAACCCAGUAAGAGACAAGGUUUUAGAAGAACGUCUCCAACAGAAAAGCGGCUCCGUAACAAAUAAGGCAUUGCUUUCUAGCAGUGUUGCAGUACAUCCGUCCUCCGCAUAAUACAGAGGAGCCUAGUGAAAAUAAAAUGAAUAAAUCAAUCCUUGCAAGUACUAAUUCUUUUUAAGGCAGUAAUUUAAUUAUGAAAAUUGAAACAGUGGUUUAAAAAUUAAAUUAAAAAUAAAAGGAUUAUUUCAAACCU